UCUUUUGUUUCGCCUCCACCUGGUUGUGUCCCCUCCCGGUUGUGCCUUUUUCCGCCUCUCCAGAUGGGCUGCUCUGGUAUAAAAAGGGGCUGGCGGAGAAGUGGAGAUGCAGACAGGAGCAGAGAGAGAAAGACAGACAGACAGACGGAGAGAGAGAGAGAAAGAAGGCACCGAGGAGCAUUACGGACCAGGGCCCCCGUGCUUUCCCCCCGAAGAUGUUGACCCGCCAGUGCCACGGCCUCUUGGCUAUGCUUGGAGUCCUGUUCCUCCAUUUGGUGGCCGGGGACCAUGGACCCUGUUUGGACGGCGGGUGGUGCCAGGACAUGGCCACGGAGGCAGAUCUGAUGGAGUGCCUCCGAGCCUGUCGAGACUCGCUCUCCCUCUCUGACGAGACCCCAAUCUACCCCGGCCACGGCCACAUGAAGCCCCUCUCGGAUGACCUCCAGAAGUACGUCCUGAGCCAUUUCCCGUGGGACAAGCUGGGCAAGAGUGGUGAGGACGGAGACUCCACUGCCAUGGUCCUCCCGGCGUCUUCGCAAACCCAGGAGACCUGGGACGGGGACCUGGUCGGCGACUCUUCCCUCGAGCGGGAUGAUGGCAAGCGCUCUUACGCCAUGGAGCACUUCCGCUGGGGCAAGCCGGUGGGCCGGAAGAGGAGGCCGGUCAAGGUGUUCCCCAACGGCGCAGAGGAGGCCUCCACCGAGACCUACCCGCAAGAGUUCCGGCGAGACCUGUCUUGGGAGAGCCCCGAGGGCCACUCUGAGGAGCCGGACGAGACCAAGAAGGAUGGCUACAAGAUGAACCACUUCCGGUGGGGUGCCCCAGCCCCGAAGCGGAAGCGUUACGGCGGGUUCAUGACCUCCGAGCGCAGCCGCAUGCCCUUAGUGACUCUUUUCAAGAACGCCAUUGUCAAGACGCCGUACAAGAAAGGCCAAUAAUUGCGGGAAGGGGUUCGGGGUGCCCAGACACCCCACAUGUAGAAUAUCUCUGGCCCAUAAUGUCAUUUAGAUACUGUCAACGGAGACCAUUUCUUUACAUUGUUCUUACUUGUUCUUGAUAACCGAGGGAGUGGCUGUUUGAUGUUUGGUGUCCUGGGGUGCAUCUACACCACAGAACUAAUGCAGUUCGACACCGCUUUAACUGCCACGGCUAAGUGCUACGGAGCCUUUGCAUUUAAAGCGGUGUGCUCUCAGAAGGAUACAUUUCUGCCACUAACUUCCAUGGAUCCAAAUCCAUUUCAUCACCGAGAUUGUGCAUCUACACUGUAGAAUUAAAGCAGUUUAUAACUACUUUACUUCAGUGCAAUGGUAUUUGGUGAGGUACCUUCGCCUUCAGGCAGAGAAGGCUAAAGACCUUGUCAAACUACAACUCCCAUAGUGGCUAAAAUAAUAUCAAACUGCAUUCCUUCUACAAUGUAGACGCACCCCUGGCUUUGAAUGCACAAAAUAAAUCUGGAGCGGCAACAUGGAAAGGGGUAGCUAGCUAUCUUUUGCAAAGGCAGAGUAUUUUCAUAUUUUCAACCAGCUGUACUAUACUGUAAAUGAAGGGGGUUCAAAGAUAUAUAAUAAGACUAAUGACAAUACAUCUUUUGCAAGCUAAA